AUGACUGUAGAUGAUUCCUCUGCUCAAUAUGCAGCUAUCCUGGACAGCGUCAAUGGCGAGGUUUCAUUCUUUCGCAACUUGAUGCGAGCACGCCCAGUUGGCAUUCAUCGCCACUUCCACGUCCUUACAAUUCGCAAUGGCGUGCACAAGGACACUGGCGAGGAUGUCUCCGUGGAAGAUAUAUGGAAGAAGCUCAGAACUUGCUAUGACCUUGAUAAUCUUGAAGCUCUUGAACCGGAAGGUUAUGAUCCCUCGGGUGAACCAAGUUCGCCCCGUCAAGUCGAAUCGCCUUCACCGACCGACAAUCUUGCAUCGCAUCCGUUCUUUCGCUACGAAUUCGUCUUACCGGCGGACGAACACCUAGAGGCUGAAAUCGCACGCAGGCGUAUGCGGAACUCAACGUCGCUUCCCUCGUCGCCCGUAGCUACCCCUCCGCCUCCGCUAAAAGGGCGUCGUUCGCUCGGCAGGGGCGUUAAGGGUAAGGGAAGGAAAGCGAGCUUGGCGGGACUGGUGGGUGGGGACAGCGACAGCAGCGCGUUGACGCAAGAAAGCGGAGAGGAUGACGAUGCGAGCAUCGCGCCUACUGUAACAGGCACUGACGCUGGAACCGAAGAUCUCGAUGAGGAGGAUGAGGAAGCGGAAGGCCAAUCUCCGGGUAAGCUACCGGCGACGCUCUGCGUGUCCUUAUACUGA